AUGACGAGUCUCCGAGAUGCGUGGGCCGUGGGGUGGGGUAACCGACUGGUCGGUGACCCGGCUAGGGAGGCGCCCCGGUCCGGCCCCUCCACCACGACCCUAAUCCGGGAGCGCCCGCCGGCCUCCGCCCGUAGCGCCAGCUGGCACUUCAGCAAGUGGGCGGCGGCGCCCAUCAGCAAGCGGCGGUACCUCUCCGGGGACGUACACCUGCAGCUGGUGAAGGCGGGCUCAACCACCCGCAAAGAGUCGGCGGUCCGGCGUCACAGGUGGGCCCGGGCGUGGGCUCACGCGCACCUUCCUUCCCGCGCCGGCUCCAGUUCCAAGAGUCUAGCGGAGGAGUGGGACCAGAGGGCGAUGGGAGAAAGCUACUACGAGCUGUUCGCGGCCUCAUUGGGCAACCUGGAAUGGUUGCGGUUCUGUCUAAAUCAGCACCCUGGCGAAAUCGUGGCCGAUGACAAGGGUUUCACUGCCAUCCACUUUGCAGCCCAGAGCGGCAAGCUUGCAUGCCUGCAGGUCUUGGUGGAGGAGUACAAGUUCCCCGUAAACCUGCCCACUAACAACGGCCAGACACCUCUGCACCUUGUCAUCCAUGCUGACAACAAGACCGUGGCCCUCCCCUGCAUUCACUAUCUGAUUAAGCAAGGGGCGGCCCUCAACAUUCAGACGUGCAAUGGCUCCACACCUCUGCAUCUGGCAGCCCGCGAGGGCCUGCUGAGCUGUGUCAAAGUCCUGGUGCAGAAAGGUGCCAACGUCCAUGCACAAGAUGCCACCGGCUGCAAGCCCAUUGACUACUGCAAAAUAUGGAACCACCGAGUCUGUGCCCGGUUCUUGAAAGAUGCCAUGUGGAAACGGGACAAGAAGGACUUUGCCCAUGAGAUGACGAAACUGAAGAGGCUCAGGGACCAGUUGGCCCUCAUGGAGGAGGACUACCUCGCUGAGUACCAAAAGGAGCACCAAAUUCUGAGAGAAGCUGACUUCAAGAAGUGGCUCCAUCGCAAGUUGCUACUCCAAGACCAGUCCCUAAUACCCAGCGUUCAGCGAGAGCCCCGUGCUCCGCCCCGGGCCACGGCCCUCUCCAAGACCUGCAAGGAUGGGGUACUGUGGCCUCCCACGACCUUCCACCCCUCCCCGGAGGCGCGCCUGCAACAGAUACAGCAGCCCAAUCUGCCCUUGCUGAUGCCUGUGCCCACCUAUAAGCCGCCCACCAUCAGGCGGCCCAAGGUGUGGAAUCUUAGCAGCAACCCCGCCAGGUCCCCCACCGCCCAGAUCAGCUACCCACAGGGCGUCCGCCUGGGUGUGCAUCCCGACCCCCGGCCAGAGCGUGACUUCCGCUGCUUCGUGGAGGUGAGGUCCGACGGGCACGGUGGCGCGCACCUGCGCACGGUGGCCGGACGCCAUGUGGAGCCUGUGCCCCGGCUGCCUUUUGAAGUGGUAAUCCGCGAGCUGUACCCUUCGGUGCGGCCCUACAGAAUGAAGGUGCCCCAGGGCUUCUGCUCUGUCACUAUGGGAGAGGUGCCCCGGAAGCGGCACUUGGGCGACAGCAGCUUCUGGACCGACACGCUGAGCAUGAACCUGCGAGAGACAUUCGACGAAGCCUUCCUGGCGGCUGUUCGAGCCCAUCAAGGACUCCCCGCUCUGCCUUCCCCUAAAUCACCCGUCCCUUAA